GAGAAGAAGAAAAGAAAACGAAGCGUCCAAACUCGAAAAAGAAAAAGAAAAAGAAAAAGAAAAAGGGAAAGCUGACCGCGAUAGCAUCGUCGAGCCCGAGCGCGGAGGCGAGGCGGCGGAGGCGGAGAUGAGGAAGAAGCUGGGCACCCGGUUCCCCGCGGCGCGGAUCAAAAAGAUAAUGCAAGCAGAUGAGGAUGUUGGCAAGAUAGCACAAGCGGUGCCUGUUUUAGUUUCGAGGGCGCUUGAACUGUUUUUGCAAGAUUUAAUUGACCGGACUUACGAAAUUACUCUUCAAAGUGGUGCAAAGACACUGAAUUCCUUCCACCUGAAGCAGUGUGUGAAGAGGUACAGUUCUUUUGAUUUCCUAACUGAAGUUGUCAACAAGGUACCAGACCUCGGUGGUGCUGACUCUUGUGGAGAUGAAAGAGGAUUACCUAGAAGAAGAAAGUCAAAUGGCAGUGACCCAGAGAAUGAUGAAUCAAGAUCCAGCAAAAUGGCCAUAAGAAGCUCAAACAUCAGUCCCAGAGGGCGUGGGAGAGGUCGAGGUAGAGGGCGAGGACGACCACCAACCAAGAGAAAGGAAGUUGGUUAUGUACAAUUCGAGGAUGAGAGCAGCAUGUUCGCUGAACAAGGUGAGCCCUUACCAGGAGAGGAUACAGUUCCAGAGACCAUCCAUGGCAAUGAGAGCAUACCCCAAAGUACACAUCCUCCAGUAGAGGCUCCAUCAGCUGCUGCACCAGAUACAAGUUCGAAGGUGGAAGAAGCGAACACCGACCAUCAGGCAGAUUGGCCGAUGCCAGAUGCCAUUGGAAACAUCGGUGUUGGACCAUCUGGUUUUGGGCAUCUGACGGUGCAAGUUGAUGAGGAUGAGGACUACGACAACGAGGAUUAGGCAUGAUCAUCGUCUCAAUGUAUGUGCUAACAGGACAGUUCUGGUGUUGUAAAAUGUAAAUAUAGUUUGUAGUUGGAACAGCUUAGCUGUGAUGUGCUGCUGAUGUUAUGCAGUUAUGUAGUUGUCCUGUUUAGCUUCUGUGUCCCAAUAAUUGCAUGCUAGUUACCUCACAUUAUUGACAUGAUUGACUGUCUAAGUGUUUUGUCAGAUCCCAGUAUUGGAGUAGUGAUUUUCUGUUGUCAGAUCACAUUGUAAUCAGCAGUUUUUCACCAUAUUAUGCUGUAAUCAACUAUAUUAUUAUGCGAACAGGAUUGCUUUGUCGCGAUUCAGAUCAUACAA